AUGUCAGGCAGGGAUGUUGACCCAACAUAUACCCCCGGCUCUGCUUCGCUGAGUUCCUCGGUAGAGGCCAUCGAAGAUCCCGGUGUUUCAACUCCUCAAGCUUUGGAGUCUCACAAAUACACGGGUUCAAGGAGAUCUUCCAGUUUGCAUUCUGGUCAAAGAAUGUCUAGUUCUGCCAGUGGCCGUUUCGGGCUUGAACGUAUCCUCACUGGGGUAUCUCAACGAAGUGGAACUUCUGUGGUUUCAGGUGACUCCAUGGCUUCUCGUGGUUUGUCUGUAAAGGAUAUAUAUGGAGACAUGGACAAUGACGAUAUACAGCUUCAACGGACUAGAACAGUGAAUACUAUCUUGACUACACUAUCGCAUAGGGCAUCUGAGCGUGAGAAAACUGCCCAGCGUGUGAUGGAGUCGAAUACUCCUUCGGAUGUCGAGACUAGUGCUCAUGAUUCGGACGAGGAAGCUCCAGAAGCAAAAUCAUUCGAGUACCCUGAACAAGUACCAGAGAACGUUAUGGCUGUCAAAGGCUAUGGAGCUGAGUUUUCCAACGUGGAUCCCGAGUUAGUCACCUGGGAUGGUCCUGAUGAUCCGGCGUUCCCAAGAAAUUGGUCAAGACCAAGGAAAUGGAUCUCCACGCUGAUUGUGUCUGUUUACACAUUCGUUUCACCAGUGUCUUCUUCCAUGCUAUCGCCAGGAAUGUCCGCCAUUGCCAAAGACUUCAACAUCACCAACCCAGCAUUGCAAUCGCUUGUGGUCAGUAUAUUUAUUCUAGCAUGGGCAAUCACCCCACUCGCAUUGGCACCCUUCUCCGAGAUGUUUGGAAGGAAAUUGGUGCUGACAGUCUCCAUCAUUUGUCUGUUCGCGUUCAAUCUGGGAUGCAGCUUUUCGCAGAAUACGGCUCAGAUGAUCAUCCUCCGUUUUUUUGCGGGUUGUUCAGGUGCCGCUCCACUUUCGAUUGGAGCUGGAGUACUUGGUGAUCUGUGGGACGACAAAGAGAGAAACUUUGCUAUGGCAUUCUAUUCUAUUGGCCCUACAUUUGGUCCUGUCUUUGGUCCCGUGGUUGCUGGCUUUAUCGUUGAGAAUUGCGGCUGGCGCUGGAUAUUCUGGGUUCUUUGCAUCCUCAACGGAUCAGUUGCAAUCACUGGUUUGCUGUUCUACCAGGAAACUUACUCGCCUACUUUACUGAGGGACAAAGCCAAAAAACUUAGAAAAGCCACUGGUAACCCAAAUUUAAAGACGAUAUAUGAUAUUGCGGAUGGCUCCACCACCACAGAGAAGAUUCUCGUUAAUGUUGCCAGGCCAGUCAAGCUUCUUUGCACGAAUCCAGUCAUCAUCGGGCUUGGAGCCUUCCAGGCGUUCGUGUAUGGUAUGAUGUAUCUCAUGAUCACCACUUUCCCCAAAGUGUGGGGCACCGUCUACGGGUUCAACAAGGGAAUAUCAGGACUUAUGUACAUGUCAAUGGGAGUUGGUUUUGCAAUUGGAAUUGUGGUUUGGACUUGGGCCGUGAGUUAUUUCUAUGUCAAGCUCAAGGCCAAAAAUGGAGGCGUUGCCGAACCUGAAUUCAGACUACCCACUCUUAUAUUCGCUGGUUUGGGGUGCCCUAUUGGUCUGUUCUGGUACGGAUGGUCCGCUCAGCACCAUAUUCACUGGAUAAUGCCUGCCAUUGGUGCCGCUAUCUUUGCAUUCCAUCUGAUCGUCGUCUUCCAGGCCAUCCAGAAUUACCUCAUUGACAUGAACCCACGGUUUGCGGCAAGUUCUGCUGCAGCGGCUGCAACUUAUCGCUCAUGUUUCGGAUUUGCGUUUCCGCUAUUCGCUUCGUAUAUGUUCAAUGCUUUGGGCUACGGUUGGGGUAAUACACUGUUUGCCUUCAUUGGGCUUGGUCUGGGUAUUCCUUUCCCAUUGUUCAUGCUGAAGUAUGGACAGAAGCUGAGAAAGUGGGCCAAUGCUCGUAUGGAUUUGGAACAAGCAAGACGUGAUCAAGUUUACCUGGCGAGACUCCAGGCACAGAACGUCAAGGAGGGAGAAACACAUGUUAAGUCAUGA